AUGACAGAAGAGGAACUUAAUAAAGUAAAAGAAGCCAUCACCGUCCUCGAACCAUUUGAACUGACCACUAGAGAAAUUAGCUCUGAGAAGUACCCAACGGCUUCAAAGAUAAUUCCUUUAGUAGACAAUCUAGAAAGAAUCAUGAGGCAAACCAAAGGUGAUCUGGCGGCUCAGCUGAGAUCUGGGAUACUAUCAAGAUUCGCCGAUGCAGAGGAGCGAUUCUUAUGGGCAGCAGCGACGUUUAUUGACCCCAGGUUCAAGAAGCAUGGUUUCCGCAACCCUGACAACGCGCAAGUCAUCAAGGACAGACUGAUGAGCCGAAUGAGACCAGCUGCAGUGGUAGAGGAGGAGCCAGAACAAGAGACAGGCGAAGGAGCACAGGGCAGCAGCAGUGCCUUUGACAGGCUGUGGACGCACUUUGACUCCAAGAUCAAAGACGUUAAGAAGUCGACUACCUCUGCCCUCAUGGGCCCACAUAUUGAGUUGCGCAGGCACCUGGAAGGAGAUUUGCUUCCUCGGCAACAAAGUCCACUUCUGUGGUGGAAGCAAAAUUGCGGACUCUUUCCCCAGCUGCAGGAGCAAGCCAUGAAAUUUUUAUCCUGCCCUGCCACAAGUGUCUCAUCUGAGAGACUAUUUUCAAAAGCUGGGGAGCUUGUGUCGCAGAGACGUGCUAACCUUAAGGACACCACAAUCAACAUGUGCGCAUCGGAUAAAGAAUUGGCCGGACUUGAAGAGAUUACGACCUUCGGUGGUGUUCCUUGUGUUUCCGAGCGACACCAGAAGUUUAACCAGUCGAAGUGUGUGGUCCGCAGCCAUGAGCUGAAGGGCUGCUCAAACCAAGAAAUUGUGGAUAACUGUGAGAGUGUGGUCGAAGCCCUCCGAAUUACUAUUCGGCGUGGGGAGAAACGAAUACAAAAAUUCUAA